AGCGGAACCACCGCAGCUAGGACCCCAUUGCGGCCCGGACCCCAUUACGGCCCGCUCCGCGGCCGAGCGUGGCUGUGGGGUGACGGCGAAGCGCGGCCGAGCCCGAGGUGUUAGGGAACCGCGGCUCCGGCCAGGGUCGUUGAGGCCCAACGGGGAGCCGGCGGUGCCAGGGCCGCGGUCGCGAUUUCGGAGGAGCCUAGGGAAGAGAGGUCGCUUCCACGUCCAGGGAGCGGGACUGUCGCCGCCAGCAAAGCUGGGAGGGCCCCUGUGGUCCGUAGUGGUCGUAGGACGUGCCGGCCUCCGCCCGAGCUGGCGGGCGUGGGGCGCAGCCUGGGGGCGCCUGGGGCUGCGGGUACCGGAGGACCCGAGGCAGCCGCCGGCGGGAGAACUGGAGCGCGGAAGCUGCACGGCGGCAUUGAUGCGGCAGGAUGACAGUGAAACUGGGAGAGAGCAGCGGGGAGGAAGGGGUGAAAAAGCUGGGCAAGAGAGCAGGAGGAGAUGAGGAGUCCCUGGAAGAAGAAGGGGCAGGAGGAGGAGGAGAGGCAGCCCCAGGCAGCAGCAACACAAAGAAAGAAGAGAAGAUUAUUAACAACAACACUAACAGCAGCCCCCCACCAAAUCCCAGCUUAUCGCAGGCCCCGACCUCCCUCCAGCCCUCCCACAGCCAGGACCAGCAUCAUUUUCUCAGGUCCAGCGUCAGACCUCAGAGCAAGAGGCUGAAGAAGGAUUCCCAGGCAUCCUCUUCAGUUGGCAGCAGCACUGCUGCAAAAGGCAAAGGAGCAGAUAAUGGAGGGACUACAACUGGUGGCACAUCAGGAAUCCCUCCCAGUAAUCCUGCAGGGAAUUCCAAGUCAGCAGCAAGGAACCUGAGCUCUGCAGCUGGAGAAAAGGAGGAAGGAAAGAAGGUCAGACGGCAGUGGGAAUCAUGGAGCACGGAGGACAAAAAUACUUUCUUCGAAGGACUGUAUGAGCAUGGGAAGGACUUUGAAGCUAUCCAGAACAACAUUGCCCUGAAAUACAAGAAGAAAGGCAAACCAGCAAGCAUGGUGAAGAACAAGGAACAGGUUCGCCAUUUCUACUACCGCACCUGGCACAAGAUCUCAAAGUACAUUGACUUUGAUAACGUUUUUUCUCAAGGGCUGAAAAAAUCCUCCCUGGAGCUUUAUGGCUUAAUCUGCUAUGGGGAGCUAAGGAAAAAGAUUGGGGGAUGUAUGGAUGACAAGAAUGCAGCUAAACUCAAUGAGCUCAUUCAAGCUGGGGCUACAACUGUUCGGUACAAAGGCAGAAAUCUUCGUAUCAAAGCUCCAAUGUGCAGGGCUUUGAAGAAGCUCUGUGAUCCAGAUGGUGUUAGUGAUGAAGAAGACCAGAAGCCAGUACGUCUUCCUCUCAAGGUCCCUGUGGAGCUACAGCCACGAAAUAACCACGCGUGGGCUCGAGUUCAGAGUCUUGCCCAGAAUCCACGGCUUAGGAUGAUUGUGGAGUUACAUCGGAAGGUCUCCAGCCUCAUUGAGUUCCUGAAGCAGAAAUGGGCUCUCCAUGAAGUGCGUAUGCGUAAAACACUAGAAGAACGGCAGCUUCAGGACUCCAGAGAUCCAGAAACAAGAGGCAGCUUCUUGGAGGAGAAGGCAAUGCUCCAUCUCUUCCCAGGAGAGAACUGCACACUAACUCCACUGCCUGGGGUAGCCAGAGUGGUUCACUCCAAGGCUUUCUGUACAGUGCAUUGGCAGGAAACUGGCAAAUGCAAACAAAACACGAAGGACUCUCACUUACUACCCCCUGCACAAAUCCUGGGCAUACAGAGUGGACAGGGGACGGCAAGGGGACAGCUAAAGUACACACGGGGAACAGAAGGUAAGGGUGUGGGAAGGGCAGAGAGCACAAUGGAGUCAAGCAAACCCUCUCAGCCCACAGCUGAAGUUUCUGCAAGCAUUGAAGAUGGCACCCCAGAGCCUGGCCUGACAGAAGGAACAGCUUCACAUCUUGGCAUCACUAAUUCUCUCCAAAAACUCUCUUCUGGACUUCAGGAUCCAGGAGGUAACCAUGAAAAUCUGAGCUCAGUGGCCUUCUGUGUGGAGGGCAGGGAGGCCCGGGCUAGUGACCAAGCAGCUGUGCUCCCAUCGUGCAGCACAGCUUGUGCUUGCAGUAAGAUCCCUGAUGUGGAGGAGCUCUCUCUGCUAGAUCCAUUCCCACGGUACAUGAAGUCCUGUCAGGACCUGAUUGUUCCAGAGAAGUGUUCUUGCGUGGACAAACUGCAUGGGAAGGACUCUGCUCCAGCAGCUGGCAAUACUUCUCCUGUGGCUUUUCCAACUGGGAGAAAUGCAGAGACAUCUGACUCCUGUUCACAGCUACUGAGAAGUGGCAUGGCUUCACCUGUCAGUGGCCCAUCCAGGUGUGAAACUCAGGGUAGCCACAGCCAGAGCCAGCAGCUUGAUGCUUGUACCAAGGAUAUAACUGAUGCAGUAAUGGAGGAUUCUCAAGAGAAGCUGGGCUCCUCGUUUCCACCUCCACCUCAGGGACAAUCUAGUACAAAGUCUCUCAAGGAUGACCCAAACCGGCUCUCUCAGCAGGUUAGAGAAGAAGGAUGGAGUCUCCGAACUUCUGAGAGCCUUACCCUGGCUGAAGUCUACCUCAUGAUGGGCAAACCGAACAAGUUGCAGCUAGAAUAUGACUGGUUGGCUGUCUUGGAGCCAGAAACCCAGGAUGCUAGGGAGCAAACGUCUGAGUCAAGUGCUGUUCCUGCAUGUACCACCUUUCACAAGCAGAAACUUCUAAACUGCCUUUUAAAACUCAUCUCUACUGAAGUCAAUCCCAAACCAAUGCCAGAGAUGAGCUCUGUUGCCACAUCACCUAUAAAGCCUGUUCAAGAGGAGCAAUCCCUGACUCCUCCAGGAAAGGUGAUUGCCAUCAGCACCAGGAGCCCAGGCUGUGCACGAAAUCAGGCUGCCCUUCGCAACAAGGCUUUUUCUCCUGGUGCUGCCUCCAACUCCUCAGGUUUGAGAAACCUCCCUAGACCUCUCUUGGUGGCUGGUCCUUCAAAUUCUGGAAGCACUGAUGCUGAUGGUGGACUCUUUGCAGUUCCUACAACUCUGCCACCCAACAGCCGCCAUGGGAAACUCUUCCUGCCUAGCAAAGAGGCAGAACUGACCUUCCGGCAGCACCUGGACACGAUCAGUAUGCAGUCGGACUUCUUCUUGCCAAAGCCAAGGAAGCUACGGAACAGGCACCUGCGGAAGCCCUUAGUAGUACAGAGAACACUGCUCCCCAGGCCUUCUGGAAAUCCGUCCCAGCAUGUCUGUUCCUUUUCUAUCUUAUCCAACUCCUCCAUUACUGGGAGAGGUUCCUUCCGGCCAAUCCAGUCCUCACUGACUAAAGCUGCUGUUUCUCGUCCAAUUGUGCCCAAAGUUCUUCCAACACAGGCUACCAACCAUCUCUCUAGUGCUAUUGACUUGGCAGCUAAAAGUGCUGGUAUUAUCCCGGGUAGCCCUGUGCCAGUCCUGGAUGCAGAUGGUUUGUCAGGUGUUUCUCCACUGUCACCGGACAGAGUGACCACGGUGGUAACAGGGCAGGAGGCAACAGCAGCGCAUCAGAAUGGAGGCUCCAUCAGCACUGUAGAGGGCCCGAGCCAGGGGUGUCGGGUUCCAUUCAUCAGCCUACCAACGCGGCCUGAGCAGGAGGCAGUUCCUGAUGGCUUCCAGGGCACAUCGGUCCUUUCUCUGUCAGAGCUGUCCAAGACUCCACUCCAGAAUGGUCUUUCCACCCCUCCACUUCCCUCAUCGGAGGCUUCCAGCACCCGUCUCUCUCCUCCCAAUGUUUCUGCUCUCUUGGAUAUUUCUCUGCCUGGCCCACCUGAAGAUGUGCUUUCUCAAGGAGAGCCUGCCACUCAAAUCAGUGAUUCCAUCAUUGAAAUAGCCAUCAGCUCUGGUCAAUACAGUGAAGGUGUUUCCCUCUCUCCUGCAAAGCUGAAUGGCAGUGACAGCUCCAAAAGUCUUCCGUCCCCAUCCAGUAGUCCUCAACAGAACUGGAUUGCCUCUCCCAGCCAUGAUCCCCAGUGGUACCCAAAUGACUCCACAGACUCGUCUCUCAGCAGCUUGUUUUCAAGUUUCAUCUCCCCUGAGAAGGGACGAAAAAUGUUGCCAACUCCUGUUGGGACUGCCAGUGGCACCUCCUUACUGGGACCCAGCCUUCUGGAUGGAAACUCACGGGACUCUUUUGUGUCACGGUCCCUGGCAGACGUAGCAGAGGUGGUGGAUUCCCAGCUGGCUUGCAUGAUGAAUGAGAACAGCAUAGAUUACAUAGCACGUUUUAAUGACCUUGCCCAGGAGCUGUCAAUACCUGAGCCAACCCGCAGGGAAAUUCUGUUUGAUGGAGGAGCUGGUGGUCCCCCGGUUGGGGAUCUCUCACAGUGAGUGUAUGAGACCAGCAGGCUGGUGUGGACUGUUCAGCUAAAGUUGGAGGUUGCAGUGCUGGCUCAUGGCAAGGGCAAGUUGUAGAGAAGCAGGUGAGGCUCAGUUGUCUCUAUCUUGUGUGCUUCUUUCUAAAGGUGAAGCAUUGUCUUCAAAGGUCUGAAGAAGUACUUGCCAGUCCUGGAAUGUGCAAUAUACUGGGAACAAGAAAACAUGGAAUGGUGUUAUAGGAAAUGGUAUGUUCCCUGCAUCAGCAAUGUCAGAUGGCAAGUUUAUGGGAUGGUCCUGGACUUGUAUUUGGGAGUGGCCUAAGCAAGAAGCUCAAGCAGGAAAGGUUAUUGCCAGAAGCUUUCUUACGUGAAUUAUUUUUUGUGUAGUAAUCAAAAUGCCAUGAGUUGGGAUCCACAUUGAAGUUGUGAAGGGUGGGGGUGGGUAUGGGAACCAUUUUGCAUCUUGAUUUGUUCUAGUUGGCACUCAGUCAAACUGAAGUUCCUUGCACUCUCUUCAAAUGCACCCUGGCUCUGCUUUGUUUUGAUAGACCUUUCUGUUCCUUGGGCUCUCAGCACACUUUUGCUGUUUGACCAUUGCAGCAGGGGCACCUGCCUGCUUUCUUGUUUUGUUGGGGAGCUCUGAUUCACCCUACCUCCAGACGGCAUGGAUCCUUGAGAAGUUUCUUCUGUUCUUAAACCCUGUCCAGUGUCACAGUCAUCAUCAUCCUAUCUGCACUCGUGUUCUCCACCUUUUGAGAUAGUUCACCACAUUGCACAGUUCACCCCACGAGUGGGAGGGUGCUUUCUUGCUUUCCCUGAGGAACGGUUGCUUUGUAAGGCAGGAAACACUUCAAAAGACCUUACUGGAACCACUAGGAAAGCGUUGUCGUAAUUAGUCAUGGCUUUGCUGAAAACCUGUAUAUAUUGUGCCAUCUUUCUUCACAAAAACUGAGGACUUCCCUAGGAGAGGAAAUAGGAAAGAAUUUUGUACUGUAGAGCAACAAAUCUGUUAGCACUAAAGUUGUGGAGAUCUGUUUUGGCUCACAAAGAGGAGAGAUGUCAAGUUACAACUUAAUCCUUUAGUCCUUCCUUAUUUCCUCCUUGUUCUGUGAAUGCCAGGUGCUGGGUAGUCCUUGGGGUAUCAUUUUCAUUAGUCACUCCCAGGCACUAGUGGAUCUGGUACUCCCUGUACUAAAUCCUUAGGCAUUUAAUGUUAAUGUUUUAGUAUUUGAAAGACCCAAGUCCUAAUACCAGUGGGUUCAAAGGAAUAUAAAGUUACUUUUUCUAGAGCUGGUUGCCUGUCAGUUUUACCUUUUUAACUCAGGAGACUUUUCCUAUCUCCUUUCCUACUGGUGAUGAGAGAGAAUUCCUUUAUUGUGCCCCCUUUUUAAGCACUUGUCUGCUUUUCCAGUAAGAAGAUGUCCCUUGACUAUUUUGAGUAGCUCCAAACUUACCCAAGGGACUCAUCCUGUAUAAACCUCAAAUAAGCAAAACUUCUCCAUCUUUUAGCCUAUCAUCAGGGGUUCAUUUUCCCAACUUGCACUAUACUUGGUGGAUGUAGUUCUACCUGCCUUUAGCUACUUUUACAAGGCAUUUGACUGGGAGUUUCUUCUUGUAACCUUGCUCAACAAUGCACUGACUGGCUUUGCUGGUUUUCCCCCUCGCUCUACCCUAGGGCAUGUAGAUGACUUUUUUUACUGCUCUCUAGUUUGCCUUCUGCUUUCUGUCAUUAAGAGAAAAAGUAGCCAGUUUUCCUUCCUGACUGCACUCAAAACGUAGUGAGAUUUGGAUGGCAUUGCAGGAUCCCACAAUCCCAGGUGGCUCCUCUGACGUAGGAAGCACAAGGCUGUGUAAAAGCAGUGUUGGUGCAGCUGGGUGUGCCCAACAGUGAGGCAAACCUUUGUUACUAGCAGGAAAGUGAUCAUGACUAGAAGAAUGGAGAAUGUGAUACCUGUGAGCUAACUUCCUGUUCUGACUGCAUGUCCUGUGGGAUACCAAGUCGUUCUGUCUUGAUUUCUCCUUCACUGUUCUUACAAAGCCUUGAGAAUUCUGAUGCAAUUACCAGGAAGUCAUGUAAAGCUAGAACACAAAAAGUUGAAAGCUGUCAGAAAAAUUGAAUGCUGAGGACUGUUUGUUCUGAGCAUUCAGCCUUGGUGUGAAGAGGACACCCAUUAACCUCAAGAGCCACUCAGUCUGAAACCUCUAAGUUUUAUUUAGAGUUCAGCUGCAUUUUGUUUUGGUCUUUCUCAUAUUCUUUCCUCUUUUGUUUGGCUUCUCACAUCAGUAAUGCUGAUUGUGCUAUGCGCCCUAUCUCCAAAAAUUCUUUGAACUCGUAAGGCAAGAGUUAAGGGCUCUCAUUGUGACUGUGGGUUACAGAACUUGCAGGAGGAGAUGUGAUACAUUCUAAUCAAGUACUGUAUUUAAAAAAAAACAAAACAAAAACUGAACUCUCAUUCUUAAACUUCACAAAUUAGCAAAACCACCCUGAUGAACUCUAGUGUGUUUAGGUAGCUUGACAAACACUUCAUCCUCCUUACGCAUGCUGGUAAUGGAGCAGAUGUGACACUGGGUUUGAUUCUUAGCUUCUCUAGAUAAAUGCCAGUGUUGCUGCAGCUCAAAGCAGAGUCUUUCAUCAAGAUCUGGGAAGACUUUCUGGUGAUACAGGGAGCUGCCAGGCAGCACUUUCACUGCCUGGUCAGUUGCCACAGGAAAAUUAAUGAAGUCAUAGUGGCUAUUUUUGAUGAUUCUGUGAGAUCAGAAAACUUCAGUAUACUAAACUUUUGCAAGUAGAUUUGGACGACCAAAAUAAUAACAGUGGAAUUGACAGAAGUCAGUUCAACACUUGGAAUUUUGUGGUUAGAAACAUGUUUGGCAUCAGCCUCUAAAAAGCUGUCAUUAUGGGACUAAAUUUGAUUUCAGAAAUGUAAUGCUUUUCAAAAUGCAGUUUAAUAGUGAAGCCCUUUCAGGACAAGCAAGUCUUGUCAGGGGGAAAACAACUGAAGAUCAUUGUGGUAAUUUGGAGUUGAUGCAGAAUUUCUUACUGUUUGAAGGCUCACUUAAACAUGUCUCUGAUCCCACCAACUUGAGAUUUUAGGUGGGUGUGCUUAUACAGUACCAGUCCCCAUCAGUUUGUGCCUGAGACUAAGUGAAAAGCAGUGGGGUGUAGGAGAGCUGUGGAGAUGUGUGUGCGCACACAUAGAAAUGCACCUGUGCACACAGGCACAUAGGUGUAUGCUUGUGCCUGAAUGUUGUUUGCAAGACACAAAGGUUUCUUUGGUUCUUUCAGCUUCCCCACCAGAAGUAGAAAACUCUGUAGCAAUGUCAGUCUGCCCCAGCAAGAUAUCCUGGAAUGCUUGCAGGACUGGCUUAGGUAAACUUGGCUUUCAGACCUCCUUGGGGCACUGUAGGGCAGGUGGAGAGGACAAUGGACACUAACAGCCUCCGGUUCUAAUAUUAAUUGCUUUAGGCUUUCCCCACAUUGGUUUGGUUACUCUGUGCAAGAAUCAAGUUCUGAGGAGGUGAGCAGGGUGGAAGGCAGAACAUUCAGGCUGGGUGAGCAGCAGCACUGUGGCCCGCACUGGAUCUGCCUGCAUGUUUCUGUGCACUGGUAGGGUCUACUCUGGGGGUUGCAUCCUGAUUACCCACACAGCUUCCUCCCUAAACCUCAUCAGCAUAGGAAUACUAAUUGACUUUCUUGUGGCACCUCUCUCCAUAUUUCUAAAUUAAACUAAACGUCUCUGAUCAAACUAAUCCGCAAAGAUAUCUCAUUUACCAAUGCCACAGGUCCCAGAGUAGAAAUUUCAGUUGCAUUUUGGUUUUUACACUUAAGACUUCGGAUGCAUUUAUAAGGAAAGUACUGCACUUUUUUUUUAACCUUUUCAAACCUUUGACUCUUAAUUUCACAGCAAUUUGUAAAUGUUAACUAAGUGAAACCUUGGCAAGCACUACGGCAAUAAGUUAUCAUUAAUUAUUGAAACAUGAUAACUGCUUUAGAGCUUAUGGUUCUGGCAGCAAAAUUUAAUGCUGUGUCUCUUAAUAAUAGUUAAGCCAUAUCAUCUAAGGUUUCUGGCUUGUUUGAGAUGUGAAUUUGUUUUAUAGAUUAUAAAUAUACCUAUAUAGUGUAUGUAUAAAGCAGAAUGCCUGUCCUUACUGAUUAUUUUUUGUACCAUAUUGUAAAUUAUAUUAUUUAUUCUUUACCAAUUUUGGAAAAAGGUGUUUUGGUUAUUUAAUAUAAUAUACAAAAGCUGUUAAACUUCCUCUGUUUAAAUUUCCAAUUCAACUUGUAAAGCCGUUUUUAUUCUUGUGCAUAAAUACAUACUAAUA